AGAUUUCCAUGCUUGCACCUUCCCCGCACCCCGGGCCAGCUCCUGGUGAUCUCCUUCGCAGUUUGCGCCCUCUCUCUCUCUCUCUCAAUUUGCACUGACAAGCUUUCCACAUCAGAUUACAGUUCAGUUCUUCACCCAUGACUGUCGUGACACCGGCCCCUAUAGAUCAAGAUGACGAGGGGAUGCUUGUUCCGCACUCAGAUGUAGCUGACGGCCACCAACCUAUGGAAGUUGUAGCACAAGCUGAAAAUGCUAGUACUCUGGAGAAUCAGCCAGUUGAGGAUCCUCCACCGUCAAGAUUCACAUGGAGAAUUGAGAACUUCUCCAAGUUGAAUACGAGGAAGCACUAUUCAGAUAAUUUCUUAGUCGGUGGUUAUAAAUGGCGUGUGCUAAUUUUUCCCAAGGGAAACAAUGUAGACUAUUUGUCUAUGUAUUUGGAUGUUGCAGAUUCAACAAGUUUGCCAUAUGGGUGGAGUAGAUAUGCACAGUUCAGCUUGGCUGUGACCAAUCAAAUUCAUUACAAGUACGCUGUAAAAAAAGAUACGCAACACCAGUUCAAUGCCCGUGAAGGUGAUUGGGGUUUCACAUCCUUUAUGCCACUUUGCGAUCUCUAUGAUCCUAGUAGAGGGUAUCUUGUGAAUGAUACCCUUGUAGUUGAAGCUGAGGUGGUUGUCCGUAGGGUUGUAGAUUACUGGACUUAUGACUCAAAGAAGGAGACUGGUUUUGUGGGGCUUAAGAAUCAAGGAGCAACAUGUUACAUGAAUUCUCUCCUCCAAACUCUGUAUCAUAUUCCUUACUUUAGGAAGGCUGUAUAUCAUAUGCCCACAACUGAAAAUGACAUGCCAUCUGGAAGCAUUCCUUUGGCUCUGCAGAGCUUAUUCUACAAGCUUCAGUACAGUGACAAUAGUGUUGCAACAAAAGAGCUGACCAAAUCUUUUGGAUGGGACACCUACGAUUCUUUCAUGCAGCAUGAUGUGCAGGAACUAAACAGGGUUCUGUCUGAAAAGCUUGAAGACAAGAUGAAGGGAACUGUUGUGGAGGGUACUAUACAGCAAUUAUUUGAAGGGCACCAUAUGAAUUACCUUGAGUGCAUCAAUGUGGAUUAUAAAUCUACACGAAAGGAGUCAUUUUAUGACCUUCAGCUUGAUGUCAAGGGCUGUCGUGAUGUUUAUGCUUCUUUUGAUAAGUACGUAGAAGUUGAACGUCUGGAAGGUGACAACAAAUAUCAUGCUGAACAAUAUGGAUUGCAGGAUGCUAGGAAGGGUGUAUUGUUCAUUGACUUCCCCCCUGUACUUCAGCUUCAGUUGAAACGGUUUGAAUAUGAUUUUAUGCGGGACACUAUGGUAAAGAUAAAUGAUCGAUACGAGUUUCCUUUGCAACUUGAUCUUGAUUGUGAGAAUGGCAAAUAUUUAUCUCCUGAAGCCAAUAGGACUGUUCGCAAUCUUUACACUCUUCACAGUGUUUUAGUUCACAGUGGUGGGGUGCAUGGUGGACAUUAUUAUGCUUUUAUAAGGCCAACUCUUUCUGAUCACUGGUAUAAGUUUGAUGAUGAAAGAGUGACAAAAGAGGAUAUGAAGAGAGCACUGGAAGAGCAGUAUGGUGGGGAAGAAGAGUUACCACCGACAAAUCCUGGUUUCAACAACACUCCAUUUAAAUUUACAAAAUAUUCAAAUGCCUAUAUGCUGGUGUACAUACGUGAAAGUGACAAGGACAAAAUAAUCUGUAAUGUGGAUGAGAAGGACAUUGCUGUUCAUGUCAGGGAGAGAUUGAAGAAAGAGCAAGAAGAAAAAGAGCACAAAAAGAAAGAAAAAGCGGAGGCCCACCUUUAUACUAUAAUAAAGGUUGCACGAGAUGUUGACCUUGUGGAGCAGAUUGGAGGAGACAUAUAUUUUGAUCUGGUGGAUCAUGAUAAAGUUAGGAGUUUUCGUGUCCAGAAGCAGAUGCCUUUUAGCAUUUUUAAGGAGGAGGUUGCUAAAGAGUUUGGUAUCCCAGUGCAAUUUCAGCGAUUUUGGUUGUGGGCAAAGCGGCAAAACCAUACAUAUCGUCCUAAUCGACCAUUGACAGAGUUAGAGGAAACACAAUCUGUUGGACAACUCAGAGAGGUUUCAAAUAAAAUGCAUAAUGCGGACCUUAAGUUGUUCUUGGAAGUUGAGCUUGGGCCGGAUUUGCGUCCAAUCCCUCCUCCUGAGAAGACUGAGGAAGAUAUCUUACUUUUUUUCAAACUCUAUGAUCCUGAGAGAGAAGAGUUACGUUACGCUGGAAGGCUAUUUGUGAAGAGUAUGGGUAAGCCUGUAGAAAUCUUGACAAAACUAAACGAAAUGACCAGCUUUUCUCCUGAUGAAGAGAUUGAACUUUAUGAGGAAAUAAAGUUUGACCCGAGUGUAAUGUGUGAACCCGUUGACAAGAAAUUCACAUUCCAUGCUAGCCAGCUUGAAGAUGGGGAUAUCAUUUGCUUUCAAAAAUCUGUUCCAGUUGAAAGCGUUGUACAGCUCCGCUAUCCAGAUGUUCCUUCAUUUUUGGAAUAUGUGCAGAAUCGUCAAGUUGUUCACUUUCGGUCCCUCGGAAGAGCCAAGGGGGAUGAUUUCUGUCUGGAGAUGUCAAAGCUCUUUACAUACGAUGAUGUUGUUGAAAGACUAGCUUGCCACCUUGGUUUGGAUGAUCCAUCCAAAAUUAGACUUACAUCUCACAACUGUUACUCCCAGCAACCCAAACCCCAGCCUAUUAGGUACCGGGGAGUGGAUCAUUUGUCAGAUAUGCUAGUCCACUACAAUCAGAGUUCUGAUAUAUUGUACUAUGAAGUGUUGGACAUCCCUUUGCCAGAAUUACAAGGUUUGAAAACUCUGAAAGUGGCAUUUCAUUAUGCUACAAGAGAUGAAGUGGUUAUUCACAGUAUAAGACUUCCAAAACAAAGCACUGUGGGGGAUGUAAUCAACGAUCUUAAAAUGAAGGUUGAACUGUCCCAUCCUAAUGCAGAGCUUAGGCUGCUUGAAGUUUUUUAUCAUAAAAUCUACAAGGUCACAUGUGUGCAGAUUUUUCCACCCAAUGAAAAGAUUGAAAACAUAAACGAUCAAUACUGGACACUUAGGGCAGAAGAGAUUCCAGAAGAAGAGAAAAAUCUUGGGCCACAUGAUCGCCUGAUUCAUGUAUACCACUUCACGAAAGAUACAUCUCAAACCCAGACGCAGAUUCAGAACUUUGGGGAACCUUUUUUCAUGGUCAUCCAUGAAGGUGAUACUCUGGCCGAAAUUAAAGUCCGAAUACAGAAGAAACUGCAGGUUCCAGAUGAGGAGUUCACUAAGUGGAAGUUUGCAUUUCUUUCACUAGAUCGUCCAGAAUACCUUCAGGACUCUGACAUUGUGUCCAGUCGUUUUCAGAGGAGAGAUGUUUAUGGUGCAUGGGAGCAGUACCUUGGGUUAGAGCACUCUGACAGUGCCCCCAAAAGGGCUUAUGCAGCUAAUCAGAGUCGUCAUGCAUUUGAGAAACCUGUAAAAAUCUAUAACUAGGGGAACAAAUUGAAAAAGAACUACUCAGUAUGGCACUGGAAAACUAGGAAACCACUGCACAGUGGAUUGUGAACAUGGGGAAAACAUGAAAAGCAACGAACUCCUCGAAAGCAACAAAUGAAGCUAAUGAUAAGGUGUUGCUUGUGGGGUGUGGGACUUGAUUUUGUUAGCCUUGUAAUUUUCCUUUUCGACGUGAAAUGCAGCUGUAUAUUCAAGUGCUGCAUGAACCCCCUUGAGACUUUUCUGCUUCUGUUUUUCUGUGAAGAUCCCUUUUUGGCGCAGAGAGCGGUCUUCGUCUUCAGUUAAUCUUAAUUCAACAGUAUAUAAAACAAGAUUUUGACUAGCAUUGUAUACAGUCAAAGGGUAUAGUUGGGUGAUUCUUCAUUUUGUUUUUCGCCCCUUGUUUAUUUCCUCUGUUCACUUAGAUACGCUGGGAGAUGGGGGUUAUGUAACAGUUGGUCAUUCACUGCUUUUGGGCAUAUUCUCUUGUUUCGUAAUAGAAACCUGUCAGGCACUUCGGCUCUAACUGUUAUUAUAGAGGGACUCUUAAAUCUUUAUUUAUAGUUUAUUGGCAAUAAAUAGUAAUGGUUAUUGUUUCUGAUA